UAUCCAGAGAAUUUUAGCCUCUUGAUAUCUUCAAAUUCAGUCCUAGGACGACUCGUUAGCUUCAUCCCACUCCUUCAAAGUAUCAUCACGUAGUCAAUCUAUUAUUCAAGAUGGCGCGCAAAUUCUUCGUCGGUGGUAACUUCAAGAUGAACGGGUCCAUCUCGUCCAUUACUGAGAUUGUCGAGAACCUGAACAAGGCCCAGCUUGACUCCAGCGUUGAGACCGUCAUUGCCCCUCCUGCCCUCUACCUUCUUCUCGUUCGCGAAAAGGCAAAGAAGGAAAUUGGCGUCGCUGCCCAGAACGUCUAUGACAAGCCCAACGGCGCUUUCACCGGCGAGAUCUCCGUUCAGCACCUGAAGGAUAGUGGCAUUGACUGGACCAUCCUCGGUCAUUCAGAGCGACGAACUAUCCUCGGCGAGAGUGACGAGGUCGUAGCUGCCAAGACCAAGUAUGCCACCGAGAACGGUGUCAGCGUCAUAUGGUGCUGUGGUGAGAGCCUCGAGCAGCGUGAGGCCGGCCAGACUCUCGACGUUAUCGCCAAGCAGCUUGCUGCUCUUAAGGCCAAGAUCUCCGACUGGAGCAAGAUCGUCAUCGCCUACGAGCCCAUCUGGGCCAUCGGCACCGGCAAGGUCGCCACCACCGAGCAGGCCCAGGAGGUCCACGCAUCCAUCCGUGACUGGUUGGCUAAGAAUGUUAGCCAGUCCGUCGCUGACGAGACCCGUAUCUUGUAUGGUGGCAGUGUCAGCGAGAAGAACUGCAAGGACCUCAGCAAACAGAACGACAUUGACGGCUUCUUGGUCGGCGGUGCCAGUUUGAAGCCUGCUUUCGUCGACAUCAUCAACUGCAGAUUGUAAGGACACAGAAACAAAUAUAUCGUUUGAGGCUA